AGAGGUGUGCGAGCUUGGGCUCUUCGUGGCCGAAUCCGAGGGUGGUGACGUUCGUGGGGAAGCUCGAGCCGGAUGGAUGCUGGGAUGACUGCAAGAAUUCGAGCAAGUCCAAGGUCUAGGCUCUGGCAGAUCUAGAUAGAAGUGGUCCGCUAGCUUCUGUUCAGUUGUAUAGCAGAUUUCAGCAGCCAAAUCCAUUCUCCACGGUAUCAUGAGCUUCGCGUUCUUUUGUUAGCUUGAAGACACAGUGUUGUGGGAGAGGCUUGGGCAAACUACAAAAUGUCGAUACACUCGAAAGUUUGCAUUGCGCCCAGGAACUGGCGAGCCCACUUUGCAAAUCUACGAUGGAACAAGCUGAUAUAUGAUCAGAUCAAUGGCAUUGAAAAAGGCGAGGAGACCACCAGUUUGCAGAGACCUUUGAAGCUGGGUAAACGAAAGAGCUUCCGGAAACGAUUGAGGUCCUUCAGAGUUCGGGUUUCUAGAAUCCGGAUUCGUGUCAAGAUUUCUCCCACGCUCUGGCUCAAGAAGUUUGCAGAUGCCUACGUGCAGAUGAUGGUUGGAGUCCAGGACCAACUCGGAAGCGGUGGAGGAUUAGUCAUGGGAUUUCACUCCAUGUAUCCUGCUAAGAGUCCUUAUCGUGUCGCGCAGUGACGAGCAUACAUACUUCCCCUUGUAUUAUAGCAUGUGCUCGAUCUCUCUGGAAGUGACAUCUUAUGAUGCAGAUUUGAAUCAGUGUACAGCGCCUCAAUUGGAGUAUGAAGGUUCCAAUGACAGCUCUCUUUUGUACAUAAUACCGUGAGGCACCAUUUUCUCUC